GUUUUGUUUGGAUGGAAAUGUUUUGCACGUGUACCGGAUAGGUUUCGCUUCUCGUUUAUUGCAUCAGAAAAAACUUUUCCUGUGCACGAGUAGUUAUCGCUGGAAGAGGACAAAAAAAUACCGAAUUUUGUGAAACAAUUCUUCAAUCCCAACAGCCAUAAGCCAUCAUGUGUGGGAUCUGGGCCAUUUUUGGUAUUCCUGACUACCCCAAGUAUGCAUCGUUUGCCAUGAACAUCUCUGGCCGUGGUCCCGACUGUUUUCGUAUGGAGACCAUCCCACAUUUUCAAGACUGUUGUCUUGUGUUCCACCGUCUAGCUGUAGUGGAUGAUCUAUAUGGUAUGCAGCCAAUGAGAGUCAAGAAGUUGCCUCACUUGUACCUUAUCUAUAACGGAGAAAUCUACAACCACAAAGCCACUGAAGAGAAGUAUGGCUUCGACGUGAUGACCAAGUGUGAUGGUGAGGUAAUCCUUCAUCUGUACGACAAGUUUGGUGCAGAAAAGACUGCCCAAAUGCUAGAUGGGGUGUUUGCUUUCUGCAUCAUUGACACCAAGAAAAAACAAAUUCAUCUUGGAAGAGACACGUUUGGCGUUCGUCCCAUGUUCACGUUGGAAGGAAAAGCAAACAAGAAAGGUGUCUUAGCUCUGUGCUCUGAGAUCAAGUCACUGGUUCCUGUCGAGAGGCACAUUGCGAGUAACGGACACAAGAUGGUGUUAGACGUGUUCCCACCAGGUCAUUAUGCCUCGUAUGAUCUAAGCCCCAAUGGAUCAGUGACCCUGAUAGAAAAAGGCCCAUACACUUUCAUUGGGAAAAGACCGGUAUUUGAUACAAGAGUAGCACCCACCUCAAGUGACGCCCAGGAAAAUAUACGCCAGUUGUUUACAGAGGCAGUAAGGAAGCGUUUGAUGGCUGACCGGCGUAUUGGGUGUCUUCUAUCAGGUGGACUGGACUCCAGUUUAGUAGCCUCACUACUCACAAAACUGGCGAAAGAAUCUGGUAUUGACUAUCCAAUCCAGACCUUCUCAAUAGGAAUGGAAGGAAGUACCGAUAUAUUGGCUGCACGCAAGGUAGCGGCCCACAUUGGUAGCGAGCAUCAUGAAGUUACUUUCAGCGCCCAAGAAGGAAUCGAUGCGUUGAGAGACGUGAUAUAUGCCUUGGAAUCGUACGACAUAACCACCAUUCGUGCUUCUGUCGGGAUGUACUUGGUUGCCAAAUACAUAAAAGAGAAGACAGACACAGUGGUGGUGUAUUCUGGGGAGGGAUCAGACGAGCUUUGUCAAGGCUACAUCUACUUCCACAAAGCUCCAUCUGCCGAACAAGCAGAUAAAGAGAGUAGACGUCUUCUUGAAGACCUCUAUGCUUUUGACGUGCUCAGAAGUGACCGUUCCACAGCGGUGCAUGGAUUGGAAAUACGAGUGCCUUUUCUUGAUGUUGACUUCACGUCCUACAUUCUUUCCAUACCAGCGGAGCUACGACAGCCACAAGAUGGGAUGGAGAAAUGGUUGUUACGAAGUGCGUUUGACAGCACUAAUCUGCUGCCCAAAGACAUUCUUUGGAGGCCAAAAGAGGCUUUUAGUGAUGGAGUUUCUGGAACAGAACCUGGCAAGUCGUGGUUUGAGAUUCUUCAAAAGCAUGUUUCAACACAAGUCCCAGAUGAAGCUCUCUCCAAGGCAGAGGAACUGUACCCAUUCAAUACACCCAAAACCAAAGAGGCCUUCUAUUAUCGGCAAAUAUUUGAAGAGUCCUUUUCAGGACACGAAAAUCUGAUUCCAUAUUUGUGGAUGCCUCGAUGGACCGAAGCUACAGAUCCUUCCGCAAGAACCCUGUCCCACUACAAGUGAUUUUGACAUAAGUUUGACUCAGAACUAGGACUCAGACAUAUUUAGUGUAUCGUUUACCAUUGAUAACUUAAUCCCAGUUUUAACGUUAGCAACGCAGGUGGAAGCGCAAGUGAUCAGAUUGCAGCCCAACUUUAACUCUGGUUAACCAGAAGUAAAGUUGGGCUGCAUCCACGCUAGCCAUUGAAUCGCAGCAAAGUUGCCUUUACGGCGCAGUCAUAUACGCAGUUGUGCUUAUGCCUUGACUAGCGAAAGCAGGUCCUCUUUGUUAAAUUGUCGUAGAUAAAAAAGGAAGUAAAUGACCUUUUCAAUCAAACUUUAGUUGUAAGUAUCAUCAUUUUUGUUAUUAGUUUGUCAGUAGCAUAACAAGUGAGCCAUGUGCCAUGUGCCAUGUGCCAUGUGAAAAGUUCAAAAGAUAUAAUAACCCGGUUAUUGAAAUAAAAAUGAUUUUCACAUGA